AUGCUUCUAACUCUUAAGGAAAAAGAUCCACGAAGAAUCUUCAAAUGCAAAGCUCUCAUGAGGAGGAUGAAACGGGCUUUUUUCAAGGAGUGCUCUAUGAAACGUUCUCUACCUCGGCUCUCCUCACCUGCAAGCGACCUUAGCUCACCUCUUUCCACCGGAGACCUUAGGCUCACCUCACCUCACCGGAGACUGGAACGACGGCUCAAUAAAAUCCCAGGACAGGAUGUGUUGCAGGGUACCCAACUUUUAGCCAUAGAUGUUGCUGCAGCUACAGGGUUGCUUAGAAGGGUACUUUUAGCCAUAGAUGUUGCUGCGCAGCUGCUAAAGAUGCCUAUUCUGGAAAUUCAAUGCGAUAAGAGGCUGCAAGAUACUGUAAAGAAUGGUGAUAUAGAAUCCCUAAGUGUUUUAAAGAGUCAAAUACCUGGGCUAGACUAUGUUGUAUUUGUAAAGGGUUCAGGCCCACAUGAUAUUCAGUAUGAUUAUCAGCAAGACAAGCCUCCUAAGGAGAUAAUUGUCAUCUGUAAGUGUGCAGAGGCAGUUCUUCGAGGUGCUCAGGUAUAUGUUCCAGGUAUAUUAGCACGCAAUGCUCAUGUUGAGAAAGGGGAUUUAGUUGAAGUUUCAGUUGGUGUUGAACAGCCUAGUCGUGACAAUGGAUGGGCUAUUGGAAUCACACGUGGCAUUGUCCUACAAGGACUACAAGGACUCAAAACAGAUCCUCAAUAUCUUGCAAGAGAUGGAUUAUAUAUUAGUCAAGGAACCACAACCAUGUCAAGGGCAAGAAUGUUUCAUGGAUUAUUAGGUCUUGCUGUGGAUAUGAAUGAUAGAGUUUUUAAAUUAACAUCCUUUAAUGGGGGACAUAUUUCUUCAAAACCUGUCAAGCAUCAUCACUGCACAUGUCUUAGAUCCACAAGAGGGAGAAAGAAUAUUGGACAUGUGUGUUGCCCCUGGUGGAAAAACAACUGCAAUUACUUCCCUUAUGAAAGAUAAAGGAGAGGUUAUUACAGUUGAUAGGUCUGAUGACAUGGUACUUGCUACAUUUUGUGAUAAUAUUCUUAAAAAUGGUGGAAGUGAGAAAUUGAAUGAUGAAGCCAUUGAGGACACGCUUGAGAAGGUAUGUUAAAAUUUUGUUUGCUCAAAAGACGUAAAUGCCCUCAUCAUCAUCGAAAGUCUCCUGUGCAGCAAAUGGUAAGCAGAAGUGAUUGAGUUUUUGAACUAAUUUGCAGGUAGUAAAGUUGCUUGCCUACAUUAGUGAUAAAGAUCUAUUUGUUGAAUUUUACAGGAAAAAACUUGCUAGGAGGCCUUGUUUGUACUUUGUAAAAUGUAGGAUUGGGCACUUGAGCUGGAAGAAGUUUUCAUAGGUUUGAUAAGUUUGUUCCAUAUAAAAAUACAAUCAAGAACAAGAUUCUCCUUUAGCAUGGUAUUGUAGGUUCAAACCUUUUCUGUUAAGUUAUAUCAUUCAUGCAAGAUGAGAAGGGCAUUACUGUCUUUUGCAUGGA